AUGAGAAUUAUUGCUAAGCUGUUUCCAGAAAAGGACCGGAAUGAAAUUUAUGCUCUUCUUGAAGCCAAAUUUAAUCAAGAAAACAGACUAGAAAGUGUCAUCAAUGAAAUUUUGUAUGGGCAAACAGUAAGUGGAGAUGGAACACAGGGAAGCCAGGCUGUUGCUGCUGCUAACCCUGUAGAAGAUCCUACAAGUUCUGUUGUUAUUGAAGAUUCCAUUGAACAUGAUGUGGACAGAAUGAGAAGCAUAUUUCCUGACUGUGACCCAAAUUAUCUGUUCGAAAAACUGGACAACCUAAAGACUACUUUAGAUCGUACAACUGUUUUGGCAGCUGAGAUGUUUGAGAAGCAUGACUAUCCUAAACUAAAAGAUGUGCUAGAUAAAGAACAAGAAAAAGAAAAGAAAGAAAAAGCAAGACAAUUAAAAAUGAGUGAGGCAGAAUUCUUGCAAAAGUUUCCAGAUCCAGUGAAAACAUUUUCUGAUUGUACGAAGGAACCUUCAGCUAUCUACAGACAGCAUGCAGAUGUAAUUCUAAGAAAAGAAUUCCCAAUGUUGAAAUAUAAAUAUUUGGAACAAAUAUUGCAGAAAUAUAAUGGUCAUUUGUACCCAGCUUAUCAGGAGAUUUCUGCAUUAGUUGUGAAGACUCCAUUGGACAAGCGGAAAAAAAUGCCCAUGUUUCUGAGGAGGAAACAUUCCGUGAAGCUGCUAAUGCCUGAUGAAGCAGAUGAAUAUUUUUACCAUGAACUCUGGUUUGUUUAUAAUGAACUUUCUGUUGUAGAUCACACAAAACAGAAAGAAUUACAAAGACAGCUGAACAUUGAAAAUGCCAGGGCCACAGGACAGUUGCAUGAAUGUUGCUGCUGUUUUGAUGAUGAAUGCCUCUUGGAGGACCUUGCUAGCUGUCCUGAUGGUCACCUGUUCUGUAAGACUUGUGUCAUCAGAUCCACCCAGGCAGCUUUUGGUGAAAUGAAAACUAAAUUCCCUUGCCUAACUGGAGAAUGUAGUCAAGACAUACCAUUGAGCUUCCUUCAGACCAUCAUACCUGCUGGACUGUUCUCAAAGAUUGUCCGUAGACUACAGGAAGAGGAAGUGCAGCAAGCUAACAUUCCUGACCUAGUGACGUGCCCAUUUUGCCCAUUUGCUGCCAUUAUGCCAGAUCCAGAUGACAGAGUCUUCAAGUGCUUAAACCCUGAAUGCCUGAAAGAAUCUUGCAGGCUAUGUCGAGAACCGAGCCACAUUCCUCUGCGCUGUAAUGAAGUUGAAAAGAAAGCAGAAACAGGCAUGCGUGUCUAUAUUGAAAAUAAGAUUUCUGAAGCAGUAAUGCGAAAAUGUCACAAAUGUGGCAAGCGGUUUGUCAAAGAUGAUGGCUGCAACAAGAUGACCUGUGUCUGUGGUGCCACUAGUUGUUAUGCUUGUAAGGCAACUGACAUUGGCUAUGAGCACUUCAACCAUAAUAAGAAAUGUGCAAACACAGAUCCCAGUGCUAUACAUCAGCGUGACAUGGAGGAAGCAGCUGUUGCGGCAAAAAAUCAGUACUUACUUGAACACCCUGAGGCUGCAGACAUACAGCUCAAGACUGAUGUCAAGGACAUGAUACAGGACUGUUAUGAUGAUGAUGAGGAGGACGAGGAUAUCUACUUGGAUGAUUCUGAUUCAAUGGAUGAAUAUGGUGAUGACGAGACGGAUGAUUAUGACUCAAUGUAUGAAUACAUUGAUGGGAUUGAUGUUGAACUGGAUCAUUAUGGCACAAAUAGUUCUUUUGAACAAUAUUUAUAA